CACUUCCGAUCAGCUGAGGUUCAGCUGAUGCUGCUGCUCGGCCACCUGCUGCUUGGUUUGUUUACAACCCGCCAGCGGGCACAUUGGUCCUAAUCACGUUUUUGGACGAUAUACACUACAUAAUUUGAUAAUCAUUGUAUUUGUAUGAUCCGGAUCAAUUGUACUUCGCAAUGUAACGUAGGUCUAACUGUUGCUCAAAUGUAAAAACCAAAAACGCAGGUGUUCCGACGUUCAGUGUGACUAUAUUAUAUACAUUUAAAAAAAGAAUAUUAGGUAUUAAAAACAAGCGGAUUAUUUCAUCUUAUUGAUUAACAACGAUAUAAUUUAAUCUUAUAAACAUCGGGGAUCUAGGCUAUAUGGGUCUAAAAUUUGCAACAGUUUCCGUUGUUUACAAGCAAAUCAAGAAAUCAAGAAUCAAGAAAUUGGUUAUAUUUGAUGACAUACAAUCAGGACUUACCACAGUUAAAACCUUUCCAUUCUUGUGUUAUUCGGUGAAUUUGUGUCAAAUGACUCAAUAAAGUUUUCGCGUUUUGAAACAUCAUGGCGGCUUACACGGUACCUGCAGCUGCGAGAUGGUCAAUUCAAUGUUUGCUAAAUAACACUGUUCUGACAUCAACGAAAAUUCGCCGUCUGUCAGCCGGUGGUUACAUUAGUUGGAGGGCAUGCAGUUCAUCUGCAUCAUCCUGCUCCUUUGAGUCUCUAGCACCAGAUGUUUGUGCCUUCAGUGAAACGGUUGCACACUAUGAUCGCCUCGUUCAGUGUGGCUCCCUGAGGAAAGAUGCUCAUCAGAGGGGUGUUUUUCAGCAGCUGUCUCAGCUGCAGCACACACUCAAGAACUACAGUAACAGCAUCUACUUGAACCCAUCUCCACCGAGGCUGAAGUCAAAAGAUGACUGCAGUCAGCUUCCAAAAGAUACAGGCUCCCACAUCACAACCGCUGAAAACAAAGGUGGUGGAUCCGCUGCUAAGGAGGACACUGCUCCAACUCCACCACUACCACCCAAAGGCUUCUAUAUCUAUGGAGAUGUUGGCACAGGGAAGACCAUGCUCAUGGAUAUGUUUUACUCCCGUGUGGAAAACACUCGUAAAAAGAGAGUCCACUUUAAUGGCUUCAUGUUGGACAUACACAAAAGGAUCCAUCGGAGGAAACAAAGCCUGCCAAAGCGAAGGCUAGGGAAAAUGUUCACCUAUGACCCCAUAUCACCGGUUGCCAUGGAGCUCAGCGAUGAAACCUGCCUCCUGUGUUUUGACGAGUUUCAGGUCACCGACAUUGCUGAUGCCAUGAUCCUGAAGCAGCUGUUUGAGACGCUGUUCAAGGCCGGAGUAGUGGUGGUGGCCACCUCCAACAGACCACCUGAUGAUCUGUACAAAAACGGACUUCAGAGGGACACCUUCCUACCUUUCAUCGACGUGCUGAAGGAGUACUGCCACACCAUCUGCUUAGACUCUGGGACUGACUACAGGAGGCUGGACAAGGCUGCAGCGGGGAAACUCUACUACCUCACAGGGGACCCUUGUGCGGAGGCCUUCUUGGAUGCACUGUUUGAGGAGCUGGCCUUAAGACAAAAGAGCGUUACAGGCCCUCGGUUGCUCACAGUGCUGGGCAGAGAUGUGACUCUGGAAAAGACCUGUGGCUCCAUCGCCGACUGUACUUUUGAUGAGCUGUGUGGCAGAGCUCUGGGUGCCAGUGACUACCUGGAAAUGGCUCGGCUCUUCGAUACAGUAUUCAUUCGCCGUGUCCCCAUGCUGACACUGACCCUAAAGGACCAGGCCAGGCGUUUCACCACCCUCAUAGACAACUUCUACGACAACAAGGUUAGAGUGGUGGUGCUUGCGGCGGCUCCUAUAGACCAGCUGUUUGUCCACACCGGAGGGGAAGAUGAGAGGGACCGACAACUGCUGGAUGACCUGGGCCUCAGCGGGGAGGCGGCAGAGCACCUGACUCUGUUCACAGCCGAGGAGGAGAUCUUUGCCUUCAAGAGGACCAUCUCCAGACUGAUGGAGAUGCAAACGGAGUCAUACUGGAUUGAGGGAGACCGCAGUCACAGCAAGAAACACAUGAACAGCUAACAUCCACUGCUGACUGCCUGAUAAGCAUAUACCUCCGGACAACAUAGUACCUCACUAAUAACUAACACUGCAUACGAGAAGUUCCUAAUUAGCAGAUAUAGAAAAGAUCUAUUUUGGGCAACCAAAGCGAUUUAUGUUUGGCAGUAAGCUCCGACUUUCUUUCAUCUUGUGCAUGCAUGUUAAGCCGUUUUACUUAUUGGUCCUCUGUGAGGUGUGGUCUCUCCCCCUUGUGGACUUUUUAUUUUAAAGAAUAUAAAAACAUAUGUAAACCACAAGGCAAACAAGUGCUCACUUCACAGAGAAAAAAGGGGCCAAGUGUCCCUCAGAGUAGUUGGCUACUGCCCUCUAGUGGGUGAAUGUGAAAAGGGUCAAACAUUCUCUAGACCCUCCUGUUUUUAAGGAACAAUAUCAGUCUCUGGAUGGUUUAAAAAUGGUAUGCAUGAUGUUAAUCCAUGUAUUUAAUGAAUAAGACUAGAAUUUACUAGUAAAAUGUUGAGGCAUCUUCAUGUUAACAUCAGUGGUUAGAUUGGCCAGUAUGUAUUCCAGAUCUAGAUUCUUAAUCAAGGAGUCGACUGGUCUUUAUUUUGGCCAAGAUGGUUUUUACAGUUUCUAUUUCUAACACUUUGUUAUGACCUAGAAGGGAAAUUUGUGUUGUAUUAUUGCAAGCAAUGACCUGUGCACCUGCAAACUGCAUUUCAAUAUUAUAAAAUUGUUAAGACAAAGAACUGUGAAGAGGGUUUGCACCCUGGAAUCCAGACUUUUGAAGAAGUAGUGGCAUGAGUGUGUAGCUAAGAGCAACAGUCAAAUCAUUUUUUAAAUGCACAAAAGAAAGGCACAAAAAAAGUAGAAGAGGCCCUUCCUUGACUUCCAAAAUGACCACAACAUUAAAGUUGUAAUAUAUUUUAAAGGAUAAUGGAUUAUGUCAUUUUUGGUAGACAAACUAUAAACACAUUUCUAGAUUUUCAUCUAUAUUUUAGUUAAAAUUAAAAGACGGAUAUUUUUA